AAGACCUCCGUAGACUGUCAAGUACAUUCAACACUGGAGCGUGCCAGGACGUAGCCGCAAUGUGGCUGCCAGUUUGUUUCCUGCUGCUUGUUGCGAACGCCAUGGUGAUGAAGGAGGAUGUCCAGGUCCUCAAGAAGGAGAUAGCGGACCUCGAGGUGGUGGUCCAGGGCGUACUUGCUGAGCAGCGGCAGCUUCUCAAGGAGCACCAGAAAAGGACGUUGGAUGCUCGGCGCCAGUCGCAUAAGACCUUGAAGGAGCUCCACGAUCUGGAGGCCGAGCACAAGGCCCACCUGCAGGGCGUUGACGAAGAGUUGCAAGGGCUUCUGGCCACCGCGGAAGGUGCUGCGGAGCGUCUAGAGGCCAACAAUGAGGAAGUUGACAAACAGCUUCAAGCAGCGGAGGCAGAAGAACUGGAGGGACAGCUCAAGCAGGUUCUGGAGCAGCUGCACAUGACGACCCAGGAGAAGGAAGAGUUGGAAGGAAAUGUGACCAAGAUGGAACAUGAAGUGAUGGACUUCGACAAAACCAUCAAAGCAUGCAAGGAAGAUGCCCUCAAGGCGAUUUCGAGCGCCAAGGAGCGUGCCGCUGAAAGUUUCGACGAAGGCGCCAGAGGGUACGAGCCCGAAUA